AUGGAAGAGCGUCCGCUGCCCGCCAGCACCACACUGGCCGCGGGUGAAAUCGAAAGUGAUCCGAAGGAAGCGCCCAACUCGCGCUCACCGUCGCCGCUUCCGCAUGGUCAGAAGCAACCGAAAAAAGUGUCCUUUUCCGAUGAGCUCCCACAAUCGCUUCCGUCCGGUGGCGUGGGUGAGAAAAAGGGCCCCAGUGAAAGUGAAAGUGGUGGCCGACCCGUCGAAGAGAACCCGUUCGUGUUUGUCCUGCGCCAGAACAACAGCUACCUGGACCAUCUGCACGGUUCCGCGGGCGGUUCUGAUUCGGUUCGGGGAGGCCCACCACGGCGCGCAUCGAUCCACUCGAACGAAAGUGAAACCAUGUCCAGUAGCACCGGCGGUAGUGGUGGAAGCACGCCACCGAUUGCUGUGGCGGAGAAACCCAGUGACCCAAAACCGUUCGAUCCGAUCGCGGCCGGACUCGUUAACGGGCUGGGCGGAAGCGUCGAGCCUUCGGCAGGGCAGACCGAGCCACGGAAGCCAUCCGUCAGCGCCAUGGAGCUCGAGGUGCGCCGUGACAAGCGCCGCUGGCUGAUGAUCUCCGAGCUGAGCGCGAUCCUCGGCGAGGACAAGCACUCGGUCGAUGGAUUUAAGCGCAUCUUCAGAGAGCAGACCUUCCUGCAAACCCUGUUCCGGCUCUUCGACAUGGACAACGACAACUUCCUGGUGCAGGACAAAUGGAUCGAGCAUCUCAAGGGUCGCCUAACCGACGAGAAGCAAAUUGAUUUCGCCGAGCAGCUGGAGUCCGUGGCGUACGUACUGUGCGGCGAUGGGACGGUGACCUACGACAAGUUCAGCCAAAUAUGGCACGCCAAAGGGAUUCUAGAUAAACUCUAUCGAUUAAUCGACGUCGAUUCCACCAAUCAGAUAUCGACCAAUCAAAUAAUGGAGUUCAUCUCGAACCUCACCAACUCGCGGCCACGCACCGGUUUCGACAAAUCGUCCCUGGAGCGGCUGGAGCAACUGUUCAUCAAAACCGUCGGCAACGAGAAGGAGAUUCGCCGGGAGGAGUUUAAGCAAAUUGUUACGUCUAAAAACCCAUUUUUCACCGAGCGUGUGUUCCAAAUUUUCGACAAGGACAACUCCGGCUCCAUUUCCCUGCAGGAAUUCAUCGAUGCCAUCCACCAGUUCGCCGGGCAGUCGCCAGAGGACAAAAUUAAGUUCCUCUUCAAAGUGUACGAUCUGGACGGUGACGGGUUGAUUCAACACCGCGAGCUGCAGCAUGUGAUGCGGGCGUGCAUGGAGGAAAACGGAAUGCGAUUCUCCGAGGAACAGAUCGAGGAUCUUACGAUAGCGAUGUUCGAGGAUGCCGACAAGUAUAAUCGCGGUGCCAUCACCUACGAAGCGCUGAAGAACCAGCUCGAGAAGCACGGUGGCUUGCUGGAGAAUCUGAGUAUCAGCAUCGAUCGAUGGCUGGUGCCACUGCCGCAGGACGAUGCGAAGAAAAAGCGCAAGAAAAAGCCGCUGCCGCAUCAGCUGACGGCACCGUACAUCAAGAACAACUACGUGUAUCUGUCCUUCCUGACCGUCUUCACGGUCAUUAACGUCGCACUGUUCAUAUCGCGUGCCAUCCAGUACCGCCACAGCAACGGGUUCGUCAUAAUGGCACGGGCUUGUGGGCAGUGUCUCAACUUUAACUGUGCCUUCAUCCUGGUGCUGAUGCUGCGCCAGUGCAUCACGUUUCUGCGAACCCGCGGCUUUACCGCGUUCCUGCCACUCGAUCAGCACAUCUACCUGCACAAGCUGACCGGUGUCCUGGUGGCGGUCUUCAGUCUCGUCCACACCAUCAUGCACCUGUGCAACUUCACCACGAUCGUCGUGAACGAUCCGGUGAUCAACGCCAACAACUACACCACGGCCGAGUGGCUGUUUACGGCCCGGCCCGGCCUGUUCGGACUGAUCGGAGGGGUCGCCAAUCCGACCGGCAUCGCACUGGCGGUGAUCCUGCUGGUCAUGUUCAUCUGCUCGCAGCCGUUCGUGCGACGCGGCGGUAGCUUCGAAGUUUUCUACUGGACGCACCUGCUGUACAUACCGUUCUGGAUUCUGGUGCUGUUUCACGGACCGAACUUCUGGAAGUGGUUCAUAGUGCCCGGAACGAUCUAUCUGAUCGAGCGUACGAUUAGAUUAGUUUGGAUGCGCACCGAGCACGGCAAGACGUACAUCUCGUCCGGGUUGCUGCUUCCGUCGAAGGUGACGCACCUCGUCAUCAAACGCCCGAUGCACUUCUGCUUCAGGCCGGGCGACUACGUGUUCGUCAACAUUCCGGCGAUCGCACAGUACGAGUGGCACCCGUUCACACUGAGCAGCGCCCCGGAGCAGGAGGACUACAUCUGGCUGCACAUCCGCGGCGUCGGCGAGUGGACCAACCGGCUACACAACUUCUUCGAGCGCGAACAGGAGCGUCUGCACAACGGCGAAAUCCCGGCCAUCGUGGCCGGUUCCUCGGGAACGGCAGCCCCCACCAACACCACCGCCGCCGGCGGUUCCAUUGAUCUGGUCCAGGAGAAGCGGAAAGCACCGACCGGCACACAGGUACCAGCGGCACCGACGGUAACGACUCACGCGCCCAUUCACAAGAGUUCCAGUUUCGAGUCGGCACUCAACAAACCGAAGCCGGCUAUCGGGAGCGCUGCCACAGGGCCCGGGCUACGAAGCGACGGACCCAGCAGCCCGGCCGGGAUCAUAAAGUCACGACACCCACCCGGUACCUCGAAGCUGGCCAUGGAGGGAUACAGUGCGCCAUCCCCAGGCAGUGCCGCAGCUGCCCAGCCGAAAUUCGAACGGCAAAUGUCCGAUAACCGAGCGCUGAAGAAAAUACAGGCCACCCUGCAGCGCACGUUUUCGCGGCGUGAUCAGCUCAUACCGAAGUCGAUCGGUGCCGCGGGUGGCAUUUCGAACGAAGGGUUCACCGGAGAUGGUACCGACGGGGCCGUCGGGGAAGCCGACCUGAAGGAUGGCAAACGGAAGGUAACGCCCGAGCCGAGUCUGCACAAACUCAUCCUCCAGCAGAAGGUGCCACUCGAGAAGUCGCUCUCGAUGCCGGACAUGCAGAACAAGUUCAAGAAACGGGAGCGGAUGAUGGUGCUUCGAGAGUACAUGCGCUCCGAGUCGGAACGAUCGUUCGAUGAGGUGCAAAUUCGCAAGGCACGCCUGCAAUCGCUAGGGUUGGCCUACCUGAGUCCGCAGAACAAAUCGCUGGCCCAAAGCUUCCGCUACAUGCGCAACAAACCGACGAUCAUCGCGUUCAAAACGCCGAGUCUGGAGAAUUGCGAACCGCGCGACUCGACCAAUUCGAUCGUCGUGUCGCCCGGAGUCUUCACGCAGAAGGAUGCCGAAGAGGGUCGGACUGGCGUAGCACUGGGAACGGGCGCGUCCGUGGAAGCCAUCGGAGUGACGGGGCCAUCGGGCGCGGCUCCGCCAGGGGCUAACCGGCCCGUGAACUACCCGGUCGGGAAGCCACUGGAAAUCUACAUCGACGGUCCGUACGGUGCACCUUCGAGCCACAUCUUCCAGGCGCAGCACGCCAUCCUGAUCGCGACCGGUAUCGGCGUAACGCCUUUCGCGUCGAUCCUCCAGUCCAUCAUGCACCGUUACUGGAAAGCCCGACACUGCUGCCCACGCUGUAACUACGGGUGGUCGAGCGAAAUUCCUCCAACGAUCAUGAACCUGCGCAAGGUGGACUUCUUCUGGAUCAACCGCGAUCAGCGCUCGUUCGAGUGGUUCGUCAAUCUGUUGUCGCAGCUCGAGAUUGAGCAGGCCGAGCUGGGCGGCGCGAUGGAGCGGUUCCUUGAGAUGCACAUGUACAUCACGAGCGCCCUGCAGAAGACGGAUAUGAAGGCUGUCGGGUUGCAGCUGGCGCUCGAUUUGCUGCACGAGAAGGAAAAGCGCGAUCUGAUCACGGGCCUCAAAACGCGCACCAACGCCGGGCGCCCGAACUGGGACAAGGUCUUCAAACAGAUCCAGGACCAGAAGAAGGGCAAGGUGACGGUGUUCUACUGUGGGCCUCCUCAGUUGGCCAAAACGCUGCGCUACAAGUGUGAUCAGUUUGGUUUCCAGUUCCGAAAGGAAGUGUUCUAAACGCGGCACCGGCACCAAAACACCGAGAACGUGUUCCGAAAAUGGUUUUAUUGUGCCCCUUGUUUCUGUUUUCUAUUGUUUAACUAUUCUGUGUUGAUGUUUGCAUGCUGUUAGGUAUGGAAGAGUCUCCGUUACUUUGCAACAAGAAAACGUAAUCGUUUGAGCAACGCAGCGGAGCGUGUUAACUUAUUGAUUGUUACAACGUUAUAAAAACGUCUCCGAUUGAAGGACCGUCUUAUAAGCUCGAACAAGCGAGCACACCGAC